UGCGCGGCGGCCCCGGCGCUGCCGCCGCCGGCGGGGGUACUAUGCUCACACGGGUGAAGUCCGCCGUGGCCAAUUUCAUGGGCGGCAUCAUGGCUGGCAGCGCGGGCGCCGACCACGGCAGCGGCGCGGACUUGCCCCUCCGCUUCCCCUACGGGAGACCCGAGUUCCUGGGACUGUCCCCGGACGAGGUGGAGUGCUCCGCGGACCACAUCGCCCGCCCCAUCCUCAUCCUCAGCAAGGACACCCGGCGCCUGCCCUGGACCACGGGCUACGCGGAGGUAAUAAAUGCAGGGAAGAGCACGCACAAUGAGGAUCAAGCCAGCUGUGAAGUCCUCUUUGUCAAGAAGAAAGCUGGAGGCAGUAAUUCUACACCAAACAAGAACUCUUCAACAAAACGGAGGUCAUCACUGCCCAAUGGAGAAGGUCUCCAGCUGAAAGACAAUUCAGACACAGAUGGGAUCAACCUGUACUACUGGUCCUUGUUUGAUGGACAUGCUGGCUCAGGGGCAGCUGUGGUCGCUUCCAAACUGCUGCAGCACCACAUCCUGGAACAGCUGCAGGAGAUUGUGGACAUCCUGAGGAACACAGCUGUCCUCCCACCCACCUGCCUGGGAGAGGAGCCUGACAACCCCUCCAGCAACAGCAGGACACUGACACGGGCAGCCUCCCUGCGCGGUGGUGUGGGAGCCCCGGGCUCGCCCAGCACGCCCCCAACACGCUUCUUCACGGAGAAGAAGAUCCCACAUGAGUGCCUGGUCAUUGGGGCCAUAGAAAGUGCAUUCAAGGAAAUGGAUUUGCAGAUAGAGCGAGAGAGGACCGUGUAUAACAUUUCUGGUGGCUGCACAGCCCUGGUGGUGGUGUAUUUAUUGGGGAAGCUUUAUGUGGCAAACGCUGGGGAUAGCAGAGCUAUAAUAAUCCGAAAUGGUGAAGUCAUUCCAAUGUCUUCAGAAUUCACUCCAGAGACUGAACGCCAGCGACUUCAGUAUCUGGCUUACAUGCAGCCUCACUUGCUGGGAAAUGAAUUCACACAUCUAGAGUUUCCACGGAGGGUGCAGCGCAAGGAGGUUGGAAAGAGGAUGCUGUACCGUGACUUCAACAUGACUGGCUGGGCAUACAAAACCAUUGAGGAAGAUGACUUGAAGUUUCCCCUUAUAUAUGGAGAAGGCAAGAAGGCUCGGGUUAUGGCAACAAUUGGAGUGACUCGAGGACUGGGAGACCAUGACCUGAAAGUGCACGACUCCAAUAUAUACAUCAAGCCUUUUCUGUCCUCAUCUCCUGAGGUGCGAGUCUAUGACCUCCUGCAGUACGAGCAUGGGCCGGAUGAUGUCCUGAUCCUAGCUACUGACGGACUCUGGGAUGUGCUGUUAAAUGAAGAAGUGGCAGAAGCUGUCACUAAUUUUCUACCGAACUGUGACCCUGAUGAUCCCCACAGGUACACGCUGGCGGCGCAGGACCUGGUGAUGCGGGCGCGGGGCGUGCUCAAGGACCGCGGCUGGCGGAUAUCCAACGACAGGCUGGGCUCCGGGGACGACAUCUCCGUCUACGUCAUCCCUCUGAUCCACGGCAACAAGCAGGCCUGAAAGGAGCGCCAGGAGCGGUCACAGGACGGGAUCUUUCUGGGAAGGGCCUGAAAGAGACAAGAGGUUUUUGGUGGUCUGACCAGGACACUUCCAGUUGAUAUAAUCUAGUCAAAACUAAUGCUGGAGGGGUGUUUUUCUGCCCAAAAGGUAGGGUUCUGCACAUAUACUGUAUAUGAUUAAAGAUAACCCUUAAGAUUCCAAUUUCCCUACAGAAGCGGUUUUGGUGCUUAACAGGAAUGGGAUUUAAAUGCUGCUAGCAUAUUAUGAAUUCUGUCAUCCCUCUAGGUGGGGUGGGGAAUUAAUUUUUUUUUUUUCUCAGUUUACCAUGUAGCUUGGAAGAGCCAUUUCAGUUGUGAAAGUAGAAGUGGGUGUCAGAAGCCAAGGAGGCUUCUGAAAUCUACCCCCAAAUAUUCAGAAGGGGGCUUGGGUCACAUCUCACUUAAGAAUAUAGAUAUACAUAUAUGAGACUCAAGAGUUUUCUUUCAGAAAGUUGUAUUCAUGACUUAUCUAUGGGCAACUUCAAACUUGUGUAAUCCUUUGAGCCCCCAUUUUCCUCUCCUGUCUCUUCUUCAGUAGACUAUACCUCCUGUAUUUUAGUAGGAAAACUGAAAUUGGUUUCAGUGUAACUAUGCCUGUUUACUGCAGCUAAAAGCAGUCACCUGCGAAGUUUUCCAGGAGAAAUAGGUCACAGUCCUGUAUGGCAGAAUUUAUUCUGGGGUGAGGAGUUACUUGUCAAGAUUUCUUGUUGUGUGUAUACCAUGAUUAUACAGAGCAUGCAAACUCAGCUUUAUGUGAUGUUUACCUGGAGGCUGGGGUUUCUUUGGGAUCAGAGAUUUACAUUCAUUGAAUGGUUCUGCCUGCUUUAUCCUGUUGAAAGGAUCCCUGACCAUAAAAUUUUUGCAUCAGUUGAGAUUUAGUAAAUUUGUUUGGGCUCCUGAGUGUGUUUUCAGUUGGACUUCUAUUUGAAGUAGUGGUAUUGUUCUCAUGAGCAAUUUGGAUACACAGAUAGUGAUCUAUUUCAAAGGUGUUUCAGUUCUUCCUGCCUCAUUUAUUAUUCAGUACACCUUCACCUACUCUCCUGUGGUGAUCAGAAAGGGACAGUUUAAAACUUUCUGUCCUCUUGGCACUGAGAAUUGUACUCAAGGAUCACAAGAUGACUGUGGUAGAUACAAGCCCUUGGCUUGCUUCCGCUCUUUUCUUAGCAGUGAUAAUUCAAAUAAAGAAAAUCUGUGUAAACAUUUUUGACACGAAAGCAGUAGCCCAGGAGAGAAACAAGUGAGCAAGUCUGCAGUGUAACCUGGCUGCCCAGUCCAUGCAGGCAGCUCUCUUCACUGCUAGGAAUUUAAGAGAAAACAAAAUCAGAAAGUUCUAGCAUACAGGCAGGUAUAUUGGCUGGGGACUCAGCUCCCACCUGAUCUGUGCCCAGACCACAUUGGUGUGGAGCUGUUCAUCUGGUUUGUACUUCUCCAAUAAGAACAAAGACAGGGAGCUGACAUCACUGUAGGGCACUGAGUAGGGAGCUCACAAAGGUUGUGUCCUUUCCAAAAGAGAAGGAGAUGCUGUGCCCUUUGCAGGCUCUCUCCUGGGCAGGUGUGGCCCAGCGCUUGCCAGUUCUGUAAUUUAUGAUGUGCUGUGUAAACACGGCGCAGCCCGAGUGUGCUGCAGCUGCCCAGAUGCUGGACUUGACUGCAUCUGGAAGUACAGUUUGGUGGAUUUAAACUGCUCUUGCUGCAAAUCUGUAGACCCAGAAGAGUUUCAGGAUGGAAGCAGGCAAUGUGGAGAGUGGAAUAGCUCAAACGUUGCAGCAAGCUGCGUGAUUCUGGCCUGAAAACUGUACUAUGAGUUCCCCAGUGCCUCAUGUGAUAAAGCUGUACAGAACAUGGAUGUUUUACAUUCUAGAGCUUCAGCAUAAAUCAAUGGCAUAUCUGAUUGUGUCUUUUUGUGCUUUUUUCCUGAUUUUUUUUCUCUUUACCUCUUUUUCUGUGUGCAUCUGGGUGAAAAAAGAGGCUUGGAGUCUAGAAUAUUUUUCACAUGACCCCUCAUACAUUUUAAAGUUUAAGCAAGAGAUCUUCUCUUGCACUUUCUUUUUGGCCUAAUAAACUUAUAAACAUGCUUCUCAUGCUCUAUGUAACUCCUGUUGUCUCCUCACAAAUGCACUUGUGUAGUCCUCUAGCAAUUCAGAUCCUCUUUGACAAAGAAAUUAGUGCUGACAAAGCAAACAGCAAAGAUGCUGGUGCUUGCUGGUACCAACUACAAGCCCAGGUCAAAUAUUUCAGUGUUGAUGCCCUGCUGGUCUUCAUUUGGUAACAUGGUGUCAACACACAUACCAGUUGCUGUAAAGCCACUGAGUUCCACCAAUGUGAUGGAAAUAGAUUUCCAGUAGCAUUUGCCAAAAUUUGAAAGUGAAAUUUUAAUAGCAAUGGAAAAGGCACCUUCUCAUUCAGGGGUGUUUUUAAAUGUGCCCCUGAAGAAAUAGGUUAGCAGACUGCAUGUCUUGGUGGGAGCAAACUGGCAGGUGACUUCUCAGAGCAUGAUCUGGUGGGCUGGGGAAUCAGCCUGCACGGUGUUUGUUGUUCAUCUGAGGCAUUGCCAUCAGUCAGGAGCUUCUCUGCAGCAGCUGGGCCCAGGUUGAGUUAC